UGAACUUAAAUAUUGUCUCUUAUUUUGAAAGAAACAUUACCAGCCACCAGAGAACAUGAAACCAUUACCGAGCCUGUAAAGGGACAAUGAAGGAAAAAAAUGUUUAACUUUCUCGCAUGCCUGAAAGAAUCUGGUGCAUGCCUGGAUGUUUGUUUAUUUUUAUUUCCCUUAUUGUAAAAGAAACACUGUCUGUCUCAUGCAGGUCAGAGGCUGCAGUCGUUUGACCCUGCGCUCCACAUUGCGUGACGGCAAGGUGGAGCAGGAGGAGGGAGGAGCAAGGCGGGGAACCGUUUGCAGGGCCAGUGCACUCAAAUAAAUGGCCAUCAAAUAUCACAACACUUUUGGAGGGAACUAAUGGCAGAAAGGAUCAUUUUUAUUUAGAAAUAUUGAUUAAAAAAAUAAAAAAUGGGCUCCAGCAGUGAGGGGCCUUUUCUCACCCAGGACAAAAGGGCAGAUGCCCAUAGGUGUCUAUCUGUGCAUGUGCCUUAAUGUGUCUGAACUCCUCAUGGUAACAGUCAGCAGCACAUGCAAAAUCCUCAAUUAAAUAGGGCUGUCCACAUCACUAUAUUAUCAACGGUGCCUGCAAUCUCAGUAUAUCACCCACAACACGCACAUCAACAGCAUGUGCAAUUUCUUUUAAACACAUGCAAUUUGGCGCUCCUAAUCUGGGAUCAUCGUAGAUCAGGCCCAUAGUAUGAAGUAUUUGUGCUUACAAAUACCUGUUAGUUCCAGUGAAACUGCCAGAACCCCUGCUCUUAUAGAGUUAGUCACAUUGAACAUGAUGAUCAAUAAAUUGUGGAUUUGAUUUCCAGCAUAUGGCUGUUGUCUAAAUGCUGUUGAAGGAGUCAAUGUGGGCUUCUUCUAAUAAAUAAUGAUUUACACAUAAUACCAUUGUAGUUUAUGUGAGGCUGUGGUUACCUCAUUUGAAGUUAAGAUGAUUUAUUUUGUCUGGAGAAUUAAAAUAGGGUGGUCUUACUUUACUGUAAGAUGUAUCAUUAAACAUUUUUAUUGCUUAGGGUUUAAAACUAAGAAUAGCAACUCACUAAUGAAAAUUUGAAUUUGACGACUAUCAAUUUAAAGCCGGUAGCUGCUGAAACACUAGGCUAAAUAAACCCAUUCUGGUUUGUGUGUAUCCGAGUUGUGAUGAUACACAAACUUACACCACAAGGUUUUGGCCCUCUAGGACAGAUCAAUUGGAUAAAUUAAUCUGAAGAGCUGUAGCAUGAAAUGUGUACAUAAUGUGAUCAUAAAUUAGCCGUAUUAAAUGCAUUAUUGAAUUUGUACAGUUCUUGUUCCAGAUUAAGGUCUGUAUACGUGUCCAUUUAACUUUUCAUGGUUUGUUUCUGAGAUUACAGAUUCACACUAAAGUAUUCACAGCCAGACAACUUUUCCACAUUUUGUCUCAUAACAACCACAAACUGCAAUGUAAUAAGUUAGGACUUUAUGUAACAAACCAACAAAAAGUAAAGCAUAACUGCAAAGAAGGAAAAGGAUGCAUGGUUUAAAAAAGAAAAGUAACAGAAAAACAUUAAAACUGUGGCAAGCAUUGGUAUUCAGCCUCUUUUUUUAUUAACUUUUAAUUUGUUUAACCAGGAAAGCCCCAUUGAGAUUUAAAAUCUCAUGUACAAGGGUGACUUUUACUCAGAUACCCCACAUAAAAUCCAAUGCAACCAACUGUCUCCAGAAGUCAAUUAUUAAAUAAAUUGAAUCCAUAUUUGAGUGAUGUAAUGUCAGUAUAAAUCUAGUUCUUCUGUGUAGGCCUUAGAGGGUUGUUAGAUAAUAUUAGUGGUCAAACGGCAUCUUGAAGACCGAGAAACACAGUAGACAUCUUAGGGAUAACAUUAUGAAAACGUUUAAGGUAGGGUUAGGUUAUAAAACAAUAUCCCAAACAUUAAACAUCUGUCAGAGCUCAACCUGUCAUUUGAAAAUGGAAAUAGUAUCUCACAACUGCAAACCUACCAAGACAUGGCUAUCCACUUAAACUGACAGGCUGGAUGAAGAGAUAAUUAAUUAGAGAUGCAACCACGAUACUCUUGGUGACUGUGGAGGAGCUGCAGAUAUUUACAGCUCAGGAGGGAGAAUAUGUUGACAUGGUAAGUAUUUGUUAAGCACAAAUGUGACCUUUGUGGAAGAGUGGCACAAUUUUCCAGUUACUGAAAGGAAACCAUAAUAGGAUCCAUUUAAAGUUGAACAUGAGCAAACAUGUGGAAGAAGGUGCUCGGGUAAGACAAGACCAAAGUCGAACCUUUAGGUCUUCAUAUAAAAAAACAUGGGUGUCAAAAAACAAUCACUGCACAUCACCAUGAAUACACUAGAAUCACACUUCAGCAGUGACAUGGAAGCUGGUCUGAGUUGAUAGAACAAUGGAUGGAGCCAAAUACAGAACAAUACUAAGCAAAUCUCUUUUAAAUAGUUGCAGAAGACUGGACACAGGAGAUUGGGGGAGUUCAGGGUUGUUGUUCUUCUAUGAGGACAGAAACCCUAAAUAUCCAGCUGGAGAUACAAAUGAAGGGUUUCAAAUAAGCCUAUGUUCACCUGAUAGAAUAUCAUAGUCCAAGUUUAGAUUUAAAUACAAUCGGUGCAAGAAAUCUAGUUCCCGUGGAGAAAUGUCCCAUAAACUGCGCCUUUCGCAUAGGCCACAGCACUGACAUGCAAACACAUGUGCCUAUACUGACACAUGUACUACAAGUCCGUGCAUGCCAGCAGCGCUUAUAGGCUAAACAGGCGCUAAACACAAGGUAAUCCCAGGUAGCUCCUUAAUCCGCUGCAGACGGUUCGGCAUUCCCUGCUGACAUUCUCAAAGUGGGCCAUUAAGCACAAUCAACGCUCCAAUUUCGUUCCUGUGUGAGAAUGUGUGCGUACAGGAGCCGCGCUUCUGGCUGACCCGCUCCUCUUACGCCCCUGCUGGCCCUCCUCUCGGUGGGCUCCGGGAUGCUCCAUAGUGUUUAUUCCAUCUAGGGUUUUUCGCUGUUCUAUUGCAGCCUUCCCGGCGCAGAGACUCUGCAUCUUUCCAUCCAUGCGCUCACCGGACGAACAAUACGGCUCUUUAUUGUUAUAAACAAACUCUAAACUUUGUGGUUUUGGAUUUUCCGUCACUUUUGGCAAGAAAUCCCGCUUUUUUCGGAUAAUUACUUUGGAUAUUCCAAGCAUUCUAAGGACGAGGACUCGAGUAGCGAGGAGCAGACGGGGGGAAACCUGUUUGUGCAAGUGUAGCGACUUUUUCAGCGUGGACAUACACAGACAACUGCAGUGAGAAGGUUAUUUUUACUACAAAAAAAUGCUGUGAAGCUUUAUGUCGCAGCUUGGCUUCCGGCUAAAAAAGCGCAGGUUUAACGCAGCAUCUGCUGGUGCGGGGAGGAAUAAAACUCGUCUUGUGCGAGAGAAAGAGCGAUAUGCGGCUCGACGGGCGGCUGGUUUUGCGGUUCUUCUGGAAUUAGUGGAGCAAUGGAAAGGGAGCGGCUGUAAGACUCAAAUACUGGGAAGGAAAAAAAGAGUUCUUUGGGAAGCUGUGGUUGGCACAUAAUGGAUAAUUAUCCGCAGGUGCAGGUAAAUGAUUGAACAGAUGAGGUGAAGGACUUCUUCCUUGGCAUAUUGUAGCAUUCAUUUGCGGAAGGACUCAGGACCGACUGUUGCCCAAAGGAGAAAUUCAAGACAUUUAAGUCUGGAGGCUUAAAUCAAAGGCUUGGAGGGAUGUAAAAACCAAAGUGAGCUGAAGAGGUGACUUGAAAAACCACAUCGAGACUAAUAUUACCAGGAAGAUGCAAAUUGGACUUGGAGAUGUUUUUCAUAUGAAUCAAUAUGUGUUUGGAUACCUGAUCUGAUCAAACAUCAAAAGUCUUCUUCUGCUGAGUGUUCCUCCCGCUCACUGGUGUGAAUGUGUGGCUUGGAGGUUUUUCUUAGGGACCAUAUGGCACAAUACACCACAAUAUAGGUUCUCUUUAAUGAGGCAACAUGGACAAAGUGGUCAUCUGUGUCCUGAUUCUGGGAACUGCUAUGACAAUGGUCCAUGCAUGUCCCAAAUAUUGUGUUUGCCAGAAUCUCUCAGAAUCCCUGGGCACCUUGUGCCCCUCUAAAGGUCUGCUCUUCGUGCCACCGGACAUCGACCGGAGAACUGUUGAACUCCGACUGGGUGGUAACUUCAUCCUUAAGGUCACCACUCAGGAUUUUGCCAACAUGACAGGUCUGGUGGAUCUAACUUUGUCCCGCAACACCAUCAGCAGCAUCCAACCUUUUUCCUUUAUUGAUCUGGAGACCUUGAGGUCACUGCACCUUGACAGCAACCGGUUAAGUGAACUGGGAGCAGACGACCUACGCGGGCUGAUCAAUCUGCAGCACCUUAUUCUAAACAACAAUCAGCUAAAUCAAAUCUCAGAUGGAGCUUUUGAUGAUUUAUUGCUGACAUUGGAGGAUCUGGAUUUGUCUUACAACAACCUGCGCAGUGUGCCUUGGGAGGCCAUUCGUAAAAUGGUCAACCUGCAUCAAAUGAGUCUGGACCAUAACCUCAUCUACUUCAUUGCUGAGGGGACGUUUACAGACCUUGAAAAACUGGCUCGCCUGGAUCUGACAUCCAACCGCCUCCAGAAGCUCCCUCCCGACCCAAUCUUUGCACGCUCCCAGAGCAGCAUAGUGAUUAGCACUCCUUAUGCACCUUCACUGUCUCUGAGCUUUGGUGGAAACCCACUCCAUUGUAACUGUGAGGUACUGUGGCUGCGGAGGCUGGACCGCGAGGAUGAUAUGGAAACCUGUGCCUCUCCAGCUAGUCUAAAGGGGCGCUACUUUUGGUCUGUUCGUGAGGAGGAAUUUGUCUGUGAGCCUCCGUUGAUCACUCAACAUACACAUAAGUUGCUAGUGCUGGAGGGCCAAACAGCUAACCUUCGUUGCAAAGCAGUCGGAGAUCCAAUGCCAACUGUGCAUUGGGUUGCUCCAGAUGAUCGUUUGAUUGGCAACUCCUCAAGAGCUACUGUAUAUGAAAAUGGCACUCUUGACAUAGCAGUCACCACGUCCAAGGACUAUGGCAUUUUUACUUGCAUCGCUGCUAACGCCGCAGGGGAAUCAACAGCCUCUAUUGAGCUAUCAAUCAUUCAACUGCCUCACAUCACUAACAGUACUAAUCGUACCACACUCCCAAAAUCAGGACUUUCAGACAUAACAAGCUCUACUAAGAUAAGCAAAGGGGAACCCAAGCCUCUUCCAGAAAAGGUGGUUUCUGUAUCUGAAGUAACUGCCGUAUCUGCUCUGGUCAAGUGGACCGUAAGCAAAUCAACUCCAAAGGUCAAAAUGUUCCAGCUUCAGUACAACUGUUCUGAUGACGAAGUCCUCAUUUACAGGAUGAUUCCCCGCACUCACCGGGCCUUUGUAGUCACUAAUCUGGUGGCGGGAAUGCAGUACGACCUGUGUGUCCUAGCCAUCUGGGAUGACACAGCAACCACUCUCACUGCCACCAACAUUGUCGGAUGCGUCCAGUUUGUCACCACGGAGGAUUACCCACAGUGCCAGUCUCUGCACAGUGGCUUUAUGGGUGGCACCAUGAUUCUGGUCAUCGGUGGCAUUAUUGUUGCAACUCUGCUGGUCUUCAUCAUCAUCCUAAUGGUUCGCUAUAAGGUCACCAGUGGAAUUCAAACAAGUAAAUUACCCACUAUGAGUAACACAUACUCCCAGACAAAUGGGGGAGUGAACAGGUUUAAUGGAGCCCCACCGCAGGUAAAGUCCACAGUGGUCGUCAUGCGUGAAGAAAUGGUGGAGUUUAAGUGUGGAUCCCUCCAGAGCAGCCUUUCUUCGUCAUCAUCGUCUUCUAACUCGUUGGAUAGCCAAAUAGGAAGAGGAACAGGUGAUCGCUACAAUGUUCAGGGCAGCGAAUGCAGCACCCUGCCCAGCAGCAAAUUUAGGAGGCACGUGCAUGGCACCAAGGCGCGGCAAAACCUGGACCACCUUUUAGGGACCUUUACCACACUAGAGCUACGAGGUGCAGUGAAGGACCACCAAGGAGCCUCUGCCUCCUCUUCCUCUGCUGUUCCCAAUGCCAUGACAACAGUGGCUGUGGCACCACCAUCUGAUAAAGAACCCCUGCUUGGGAGGGCUGAAUCCACAACGAUGCUAGGACGUCUACUUGGGUUUUCCCAAGAGGGAAAACCCAAGAGGAGUCACUCAUUCGACAUGGGGCAUGUCGGUGCAGCGCAGUGUCGCAGCAAUCAGCCACGCAGGAUCAGUAACAUCUGGACUAAACGCAGCCUGUCUGUUAAUGGCAUGCUUCUGCAGUACGAAGACAGUGAGGAUGAGAAACCCUCUUUUGAGAGCUCUGAAUGGGUAAUGGAGAGCACAGUUUGAGUCGAUGACCAAACAUAUCUAUAUUAUAAAAAAACUAAAGAAAUAUGAACACAGAGGGAUGUUCUUUAUGAAGUUCAAACAUGUGAAUACUGUUCAAAUAAUUGUUUGAAAAAAAAAAAAAUAAAUAAAGAUAACUGUCCAAGA